AGUCUGGAAAAUCACGAUGCAGUACUCGUUUAAUUAGCAUGUUUUUUUAAACAAAUGAGGAAAAUUCGGUAGCCCAGUCGGGCUUGUACCUGUGGAAAAUCGGUAGUCCGAGCUGAAAUUUGGUAGCCACGGACUGUCGGACUACCGUGAAUUUCGAACACUGGUAUAGUUUAAUUUGAGAGUACUGCAGUAGAUUUCUAUGGGAUCAGCAGUGUCAUGUACCAGCAAGUCCAAAGUUACUGAAUCAGCAUUCGAAAAGCACAGUAAACCUAAGAAUAUGGAAGACAAUACAGAAAUAAACUCACAUCCACCUCAGCCUCCACCAUUGAAUAACACUGAUUCUCAUCCUCCCCAAGCACCAGGUGCUAUAGUGUCCCUGGAAAAUGAAAGUGAAAAAUCAAAAACUGAACAGGACUCUAGAGGAAUUGAAAACGAAAAGAAAAUAGAUGAUGAUGAUAAAGAUGCGGGAACAGAGAAAAAUCAAGGAAAUGCAAAGACUCAAAGUGAAGAAAAGGUUGCUGAAUUGGAACUAAUGACUGAUGAAGAGAUUGCAGAAUUUAAACAGAAGACAUUUGAUCAUCUGAGAAGUACAGCAAAUGAAGUAGUCGCACUUGAAACUCGACAAGCAGAAGGUGGAGAAUAUGUUGUAAAGAUUAGAAAUUCUACGAUACGAUUUCUUCAGAGUUAUUUCGCCCUAAAAAGAACAGUGUUAGAAGAAAUAAGCAAAUUCAGAGAAGAGAUUGCAAAAAUUAUGAUUGAAACUAAGUUUUUUAAUUUGAGUUGUGAAAUCAUUAUGAAAACAUACAAGAAUGGAUGGCAGUUAGAAGAUGGAAAACAGAAUGAUAAGAAAUAUAUUCCUCUUUCAAAUAGCAUGGUAACUCUGCUGAAUUUUAGUGACGGCUCGGAUGAGUUAGCUGUUGCCAUGGCAAAUGAGCCUGGGUUUGUAGAGUUGAUAAAGCAGAUCCUAGACGACACGCAGCAGAGGCAUUUAGGAAAAGUUGAACCACCACUAAAACAAAAUGAAGAAAGAUUAAUGAAGCAUUCGCUUAGUCUGAUUCACAACAUGUCAAUGAGAGAGUCAAAUAUUGCCCGAUUACGCAGUUUGGACAUGAUCAGUUCAUUACAGCCUUUUCUCAGUUCGUCAAAUGAUAUGUUUGCUUUGAACGCACUGGCAAGUCUAGCAGGUAUUAUCAAUGAGGAAGAGUGUGAAAUUAUAAACGGUCAUAAGAAUACUGUGAUGAUACUGUUAGAUUGUCUUCGGAAAGGUUUGAAAGACAAGAUGCGAAGGUGUAAGGGAUGGUCUGCUAAGGAAUGCGGAUACACUGUUAGAAUGUUGGCAAGAAAUGAUGCAAACAUGAAGACACUAGUAGAUCUUGGAGCCCUGGAACUACUUGUCGAGUUGGGAAGAACUGGGGAUAAUGCUGAGCAGUAUGAGAGUGUGGCAGCACUUUGGGCGUUGUGUUUUGAUGAAGAUAACCAGUCACUGAUUACGGGAAAAGCGGAACUUGGUGUUGUAGAUUUACUAGUAGAUUUAAAGCACUCAGAAAAUGAUAGUAUAAAAAAAUCAUGCAAUGGUGCAUUGUGGACGUUGAGAGAUGCAUUAAAGAAAACAGUUUGUGAAAAAUACAAGAAAAUUGGCAAAUCAUUUGAUACAGGUGAAGAGUUGGCUUCAAAUGAUGUAAAGAAACCAAGACGUAAGAAAAAAGCAGUGGAUGAAAACGCAGUAUCAAGUAAAGGACAAGUAAUGAUCUCAUACCAGUGGGCUGAUCAGCAAGUACUGAAAAAUGUACGAGACAACAUCAAAGCUAGAGGAUAUAAGGUGUGGAUGGAUAUUGACCAGAUGGGCGGGUCCACUCUUCAGGCGAUGGCUGAAGGUGUUGAAGGUGCUGACGUGUUCCUCAUGUGUAUGUCUAGCAAAUACAAGCAUAGCCCAGCUUGUAGAGCUGAGGCAGAAUAUGCUUUCCAGCUUCGCAAGAAAAUCAUUCCACUGAAGAUGGAACGUGGUUACACUCCGGAUGGGUGGCUUGGAUUUAUAGUUGGUGCUAAGUUAUUCUUUGAGUUUAGCCCAAAAUAUCCAUUUGAAGACAAGAUGAAAGCAUUGCUCAAAGAACUUAAUCAAGUCUUUGGUGAAACUGCAGACACCCCUGAUUCAGGGGAGAUAAUUAAACCUCAAACUGCAGCAGUUACCCAGGCAGCUGGAGCACAUGUAGUGGAACAUCCAGACACUGCUUCCUCUUUGAGUGGAACAGUUGCUAGGAUAACUGUUUCCAAGGCAACCAUUGAUAAUGUAAGGAAAUGGUCCAACACUGAUUUAAAAAAUUGGAUUGAAAGGAAUGGUUUGCAAACAUGUGGCAUCAAUGGCCUGACAGGGGGAGAGAUAGCACUUUUAGCAAGUAUGCGUGUGGAGUGCCCAGAGUUCUUCUACAAAUGCCUACAAGAUAUGCUCAAAGUGAAAGACUUGCUUACAAUGUCCAAGAUAGUUUGGGCUUUACAUGAUCUGUCUUAGAAAAUAGUUCACUACUUCCCUUUCCUAGCCGGUGUGAGACUUAAGACAAAGCUAGUGCAGUUGGACUAGCUCGGCUUAGGCAUGGUACAAUUUUGCUAAUUUACAAGCAAGUCACUGAAUGAGUUAGCUUAGUCGAUUGUGUGCUGGCGCACUAUGUAUCAGGGAAAGCUUUUGAGAAUAUGUUAGCUUUUUACUUAUUUACAAACAAGAUCACUGAAUGGCGCAGCCGAACUGAUGUUGCGCAAAUGCACGACAUAAGCUUAGGCACUGCAUAAUUUUACUAAUUUACAAACAAGGUCUCUGAAUGACUUGGACUUCUCGAUUGUAUUCUUGUGCACUAGGUAUCCGUGAAAGAUAAUCUUUGGUCAUGACAAAUGAUCAUGUAGAUGUAUGUUUUUGCAUUUAUUCGUAAAACUUUUAUCUUUCCUUCUCUCAAAUGUGUUGUAAGUCUGUAUUUCAAAUAAAAUGUUAUCGAAAAAAUGCUGAAGGUUCUCUGAAACUGUCAUUAUGGUUAAGUUAUUCUUUAAUUGUUUUUAUUGUUGAAUAUUUUAUAUAAAGGUACUCACUUCAGCUACUUUUUCAAAGUACAAAAUAUCAUAUUGAGAAAAAUGUCUGAAUUAAUUAUAUCAAACAUGUUUUGAUGUAAGCUGUAAUGGGCUUAAUCGAUGUUGGGCAUAUUUUGUGACAGUCUGGCACUCUUGUUUGAUGUUAUAUAUAUAUAUUAUAGAAGUGUUUUCUGGAUUUAAAACAGCUGAUGUUACGCUGACUUUACCAGAACAGGUGAAAAGUAUUGAGACAGUUCUGAUAUGUUUCUGUGUACAUCUGAUAUAUAUAUCCCAAAUUGUCAAUUUGUUUUUUCUUGUUGAAACAAAAUCAUUGUAGUUAAAUUAAUUUUAAUCUUUUGGUAAUAUUUUCAGACCUCUUAUUUAGCCCGCCCGCUUAGCUCAGUAGGUAGAGCGUCGGUCUAUGGAUCGCGGAUCACGGGGUCAUGAGUUAGAUCCUCGGGCGGGGCGUGUGUUCUCUGUGACUAUUUGAUGAAAGACAUUGUGUCUGAAAUCAUUAGUCCUCCACCUCUGAUUUAUGUGGGGAAGUUGGCAGUUACUUGCGGAGAACAUGUUUGUACUGGUACAGAAUCCAGGAACACUGUUAGGUUAACUGCCCGCGAUUACAUGACUGAAAUACUGUUGAAAAACGGCGUUAAACCCAAAACAAACAAAGCAAACAAAUCAGACCUCUUAUUUGAUAUCCUUCUGGUCAAUUUCACAAUGCAAAGGUACCUGUGCUCAGUUGAAAAUAAUUUUUUUUUCUUCAUGUAACUGUUAGUUUUUCAAAGAUUUCAUGCUGAUAUGCAAUAACAAUUGUUAUAGAAACAAGAUUAAGAAUAAUUUAUGUCUGCUGUCUAGUUUUAUAAUGUACAUUUUUUUGAGGCAUGUUUUAUGUUAUACCACUUAAAAUUAUAUCUCUAAUUUUGCUUGCUUGUAACAAUUUCAGUAUGUUUAGUUAUCCCCCGCCAAAGGUGGAGGGAUAUAGUUUUGGCAUUGUCCAUCCUUCCAUCUGUCCGGAGGCAUAUCUAGAAAGUGGUUUGGAUUAUUUUAAUAAAACUACAUAUACAUGUUUACCACUAUAGGGAAAUACGGCCUGUCAAGUUUCAGUCAGAUUGCCCAAGUAACACCAGAGUUAUCGCCCUUAGUAGUUUCUAGUGUUAACUAUAUAGUGUCCUAUAAAUAUGGCAGUUUCUGCUUAAUAACUUGUGACAUGCUUGACCUAGAACUAUGAAACUUAAACUGAAUUUAGAUCACCGCAAUGUGGUAGUGCACACACAAUUUUGUCAGGAUCUCUGCAGUAACUUAAGAGUUAUUGCCCUUUAAUUGUUUAAAAAUCCACAUAUUUGUUCAUAACAAACUAGCCAAUUGGUAGAAUUUCAUGAAACAUCUUUCAUUUCUUUUCCAUGAACAUUUAUCAUCAACAUGUGUGUAACCUUUCUUAAGGACUUCUGUUCUUUUAAGUUAAAAUGUUAUGAAAUUAUUUGCUUCUUAGUAACAUCCUUAACUUUUUGCUUGGUAUAUUUCUUUGCCAUUCCUCAACACAAACCCAUUCGGCAGGGGAUACCGAUUCAUCGAAUUUGCUUGUUUAUAUUUUUUGGCAUUACAAACAAAUGAGCCUGGAAACAUUGUCAGUUUUACGAUUUGAUUUGGCUUAAUAGUUUUCAGUCACUAGUAUUUAAUUAUUGACAGAAAAUAGUGUAUUCACAUGAUUAUGAUUAAGAAUUCACACUACAUUGCUCAUUGUGCUGUUAUGGUUCAUUAACUGGAAUUUGCAAGAGCCGAAGUUUGAUUUUGCCGUGAAGCAUUCUAAAUAGUACAUACGUCUAUACUGCUGAUAGUUUGCAUAUUCACAGUGUAUUGCAGCAUACCGCUUAUAUAUUUGCUGGUGCUGGUCGCUGGUAUGAAGUCAGCUUGGCUUUUACAUGGGCACUAGUUCACAGUCUUAAUGUUUAUUGAGUGAUGCUGACCUAGCAUUUGAUUGAGGUCACUAGUUUACAAUCGGAAUGUUUUCAGUUAUGUUGACCUAGCGUUUGAUUGAGGUCACUAGUUUACAAUCGGAAUGUUUUCAGUUAUGUUGACCUAGCGUUUGAUUGAGGUCACUAGUUUACAAUCAGAAUACUUUCAGCGAUGUUGACGAAAUCAUUUGAUUGAGUCGUUAGUUUAUAAUCAGAAUUUUGAUCAAUCAUUUGAUUUUUUACAAUCAGAAUGUUUAUAACGUUAUUGAAUACACAUUUGAUGAAGGGUAAUAUCAGAAGUUUACAAUCAGAAUGUUUAUAAUGUUAUUGAAUACACAUUUGAUGAAGGGUAAUAUCAGAAGUUUACAAUCAGAAUGUUUGUAACAUUAUUGAAUACACAUUUGAUGAAGGUAAUAUCAGAAAUUUACAAUCAGAAUGUUUAUAACGUUAUUGAAUACACAUUUGAUGAAGGGUAAUAUCAGAAGUUUACAAUCAGAAUGUUUAUAACGUUAUUGAAUACACAUUUGAUGAAGGGUAAUAUCAGAAGUUUACAAGCAGAAUCUCUGCAUGUGCCAUAUCAAUCUGUUUUAAAAACAUUAUUACUUUCACAAGUACAUUUUCAAAAUGUUACCUUGGUCUAAUACAAACCCCUCUUGGUUCAUUAUUUUGUCAUAUUUUUGCUGCAGCUAGGUGGGUUUUUUUUGUUUGUUUUGUUUUAAAGAAGAGUACUCAAUAUAUUUGGAGUUUACUCCAAUUCACUUAAAUGAUAUUAUGUGAUAUGUAUGUUGUAUGUAUUUAUUUUUCUCAGAUCUAAUCCUUUUUUCAAGGAAUUUUAUUGUUACUGUUAGAUUAUAUUUUGAUACACAGUUAAUUUAUUUUGUUAACUCCUUUUUAAAGCCAUAAUCAAAGGCCAUAUAUGUUUAUUUAUGAUAUAUAGAGGAUCCAAGUUUUCCAGCUUUCAUAGUAUUUCAGAGCAGAAUGCAUGUUCUACAAUACCUUGCUGAGAAUCCAUGUAUUCUAUGAGAAACCUUUGUACAAAUUGUGAUACUGUAUAUAUUAAAACUACUCCCCCAUUUCCACCAAGUUUGGCAUAGAAUGUAUAUAAUUAUUACACUGAUGUUAAAGUGAGUGAAAGAAAGUGUUAGAUAUUGUUAAAAAUUCAUUUUCUUCGUUAUUUUAAAAGCCAUUUAUUCCCUUCUGCAUAGUACUUUUGGUAUGUUUUUUUAAGAUAACUUGCAAAAUUCAUAUGUCAUACUGGUAAUUUUGUAGCAUUGGUCAGUUUCUCAGCGCACAUCUUUUAUCGAUUUUUGAGAGAGAACAAGAGCUGUCACUAAUGGUGACAAAUGCCCCCGCAGCGCCUUGACCUUUGACCUGGUGACCUUGACCUUUGACCUGAUGACCCCAAAGUCAAUAGCAGUCGUGUACUCAAUAAGUACUUUUAGCAUGUGAAGUCUGAAGGUCCUGGGUGCAGUGGUUCGCGGGUAAAGUGCCUUCAUGCAAAAAGUUAAUGUUGUGACGAACGAACGAACGAACGGACGGACAGUUGAAAACUAAUAUGCCUCCUUUCGGGGGCAUAAAAACUGCGGACAAAAGUGUAAAUGAGUCGCUUAAUCAACAAGCGGCGGAAAGUAAUGUUUGGAUUCACGAUUGUUGAAAAAAAUAAUUUUUUGUCCGAAAUUAUUUAAGAGAUUUUUAAAUGAGAGGCUUUGAGCCCAAAAAACUAUUGUGGGGUGCAUUUAGAUUUACCCUUGUCGGUAUGCCAGUGUGUGCAUCCGUACAUGUGUCUGUUGGAAUUGUGUUAUGUAUACCUCAGUAAGUCAUCAACCAUUUUGUGUUGCACAUAUCUCAAAAUUUAAGUGUUUUACGUAGUUAUGAAACAGGAUUGUUAUUCACCAUGUCAAGUUGUUUAAGAUUCCAGAGUUAUGGCCCAAGGCGGUCUAAAAUAUGCAUAAAGGGCCUAAAAGUUUCACAUGUAUGUCAAAAAGUAUUUGACCUACAGUCCUGAAACAUUACAGAAUUAUUAUAUAGCAUGUGAAGUACUCCUGGAAGUUUUGUCUGCUCUGAUUUGUUUUGUAGUAUCCAUACCCAAAUCACAGCUUAUGACAUGCACCCCCAACCCAAGAUAAUAUGAAAGUUUACUUAAGUUUUGCAUUGUCAGCAUUUAAUAUAUAACCAUAUAGUGUCAGAAUGUUGGGGCACGAGUGUCCUGUGUGCACACAUCUAGUAUUUUAUUGUUACUGUUAUAUGUUUUUGCUAGAUAUUUUUAGAUUGUAUUUUACACCUUCUUACAGACAGAUUUUCUUUUUGAUGAUAUAGGUUUAUACAACAGUGUAGAUAUUCUUUCAGUGCCAGUGAAAAUAAAAUAUAUACUUACAAAA